AGGGCGAAGUGUCACGUUGCAUGUCUGUCUAUCUGGUAAGAUUCUAUGGAGUGGCUGCUGUAUUGUUUUGAUUAGGAAAAUCAUUUGGACAGAUCUUCCCUGUAGUCAUAGAAGUCAUGGAAGAGCAGUCAGGCUCACCUGGAGGCAACGCCGACAACAACAGCCAGAGAAAUGGAGAUGAGAAGCCUAGACGUGGCAGCUGGACCAAGGGCAGGAAGAGGAAGAAGCCAAUGAAGGACAGCAACGCACCCAAGGCCCCCCUAACGGGCUAUGUUCGCUUCAUGAACGACAGACGGGAGCAGCUACGGGCAGAGCGUCCAGACGUGCCCUUUCCGGAGAUUACGAGGAUGCUGGGCAAUGAGUGGAGCAAGCUGCCCCCUGAGGAGAAGCAGCGAUACUUGGAUGAGGCGGAGCGAGAUAAGGAGCGCUACAUGCGGGAGCUGGAGAAGUACCAGAAGACCGAAGCCUACAAACAUUUCACCAGGAAGGUCCAGGAGAAGCAAAAGGGCAAGCGGCACAGGGGAGAUGUUGGGCACCAGGUAGCCAACGAGGCUCUUCAUGAGCUUAUCUCCUUCCCUCUUACUGGCUAUCAACAGAAGGAUGCAGAAGGGAAGGACAGAACUGUGUUUGACAUACCGAUCUUCACAGAGGAGUUUCUCAACCACAGCAAAGCACGUGAAGCUGAGAUGCGGCAGCUGCGAAAGACCAACAUGGAGUAUGAGGAGCGUAACGCUGCGCUGCAGAAACAUGUGGAGAGCAUGCGCGGGGCAGUAGAGAGGCUGGAGGGCGACGUGAUGCAAGAGAGGGGACGCAAUGGGCUCCUCCACCAACACCUGGAAACCCUGCGCCAGGCACUCACCUCCAGCUUCUCCUCUGUACCACUGCCAGGAAGUGGAGAGACACCCACCCUUGAAACCAUCGACUCCUACAUGAAGAGGCUCCAUAGCAUCAUUGUCAGUAACCCCCAAGAACACGAUAAUCUCAUCAACACCGUGAGAGACGUGGUCAACCGUUUGGACAGAUAAUUGGACCAAGUCCAGCUGAUUUGACGGAUUGAGAUUCACUGUGACGCUGAGUAGAUGCUGCUUCUUGCCGGUGAAUCAUCCUGUCGAUCUGUCAUCCCAAUUGAUUUUAAAACGUCUUUUAUUACUCCGCUAAGGUGAUGUAGGUCAAGGUGAUGUAGCGCCUCAUAUUUAUUAAUUCCUUUUUUUACAUACUUUUAAAAACUCUGUUCACAUUUUAUUAAUAUAGCUGUAGUUUGUUUUGUUUAAAAUAAUCAGAUGACAAGACAUGAAACAGUUUUCGGUCACACUCAUGUUCUGUCUUCACCAUCCAUUUGUAGCAAAUGCUUCCGCAACAAUAUCUGAACCAUUAUCAACCACCUUCUGAUCAAAGAGAAAUGUGUCAGUGGGUUUGUGAUUACUAUAUCCAAGAGAUACUGUUGAGCUGACUUUCUAUUUUUCAAUGCCCUGUUGAAGAAAAACAUGUGCCAUUCAUUCUUCAUUUGUGUGUGAAAAAAAGUGUUUGUGUUUUCAAUAAACUGUAUUUACAUCAUGUGAG